GGUAUUGCAGGAAUGCGGUAGUUUAAGGUUUGGCAUAUCUCGUUAAAAAUAUUUUCGUUCUGUGUCUAUAAAAACUAAUUUGAAAAAAUAAACAAUACCUCUUCAAAUACAGAAUUUCAGUUCAUAUUUAAUCUUCAAAAAAGUGUUCAUCAAUUCUUAAUUGCGUUUGGAUGUCAUCUAAUAAGAUAAAUUUUGUUGCCCCCGGCGUAAAUACGCGGUUAAUUCGUUCAAUUAGCCGGCGAGUUUAAGCGCUUUCAUCACGAUUCGAAUCGUCGAUGUUUAGGCGCUUGACGAGUUGAACAGCCUUUGACCCAAUGGCCUAUUUAAAUGAACGACUUUGGUGCUGAACGAAGAUGAAGUAUUAAGAGACCGCGUAUUUUUGUACCAUUCAUGGGAUGAAUGAGGAGGAUUUAUUGAAGAGAUCGGCCGAGGAGCGCGAGAAAAUCUUCAAGAGGUAUGAGUUGGGUAGAGCGGAGGGUGCCGAAAUUGAUCCCUGGGAAGACCCACAUUUUGAAGUUUACCAUGUCACGGACAGGUAUGGUUUUAUGCACGAUAAACCACUACCUUCCAAAGACUCGCAUGAAAUUAAAAAGGAACAGAUUGAGUUAGAACGUAUCAAGAAAUGGAUGAAGAUGUUGAAAUCGUGGGAGGAGAAUGAAAAGUUAAAAGAGAAAGAGGAUAAAGGGAAAAUGAGGAAAAUUAAUGAUUUAAAAGCGAGUAAUAAAAACAAUAAACAUUUAAAAUCUAUGGAAAGAGUUAAUGAAUGGGAAUCUGUUCAUAAAGAAAAAUUACACAGGAGAGUUUAUAAAGGUAUUCCUAAUUCGUUAAGAUCUCAAGUUUGGUGUAAAUUAUUAAAUGUGGGGAAACAUAAAUCGGAAAAACAUGGGGAAUACGAACGUAUGUUAAAAUUAGCGCGAAAAUACUCUACUGAUGCCCGUCAAAUCGAUUCUGAUGUAAAUAGACAAUUUAGGGAGCACAUUUCCUUUAGAGAACGUUAUAGCACCAAACAACAAUCACUUUUUAACGUUCUAACCGCUUAUGCCAUGUACAACUCUGAAGUUGGUUAUUGCCAAGGAAUGUCUGGGGUUGCAGCCGUUUUACUCAUGUAUAUGGACGAAGAAGAUGCAUUUUGGGCGCUACAUAUACUCCUAUCAGAGUCAAAAUAUGCAAUGCAUGGAUUGUAUAAAGAAGGAUUUCCAAAAUUAAAUCGAUUUUUAGAACAUCAUGAUCGAAUUUUAACGAAAUUUAUGCCAAAAUUAAAGAAUCAUCUUGAUAAACAUGGUUUGGAUGCUAUUUUGUAUUCGCUGAAAUGGUAUUUUGUUUGUUUUGUCGAAAGGGUUCCUUUUAAUUUAUGUCUUCGGAUAUGGGAUAUUUAUUUGUUAGAUGGUGAAAGAGUUAUAACAGCUAUGGCUUAUACAAUUCUUAAGAUGCAUAAACGUAGCUUAAUGAAAUUAAAAGAUAUGGAUUCAAUAACCCAAUUUAUUCAAGUGAAAUUGUACAAAGAUUUUCUAUACGACGAGGACGCUGUGAUACAAAUGUUGGAAAGGUCGAUGGAUGAACUUAAAAAAUCUAAACUGGACUUGCCUCCGCCUGCCAGUAAAGAAGAGUUACCCAAUCGACCCUUCGGCAUCUUCAUCGAGCCGACGUUCGAACAAAUAGUUGGGCAUCGACUCGAGAAGUUCUCGGAGAAAGAAAAAGAAACGAACGAAUUGGUUUUGUUACGAAGGGAACAGGCUCGGCAGUCAAUGGAAGAAAGUCGUGAAUCGCAGGCGUCUACCGGCGGGGAAUCCGUUGGGAACGCAGGUUCAAAAUUUUCAUUCGACCCAAGUAUGGAUGACGCUAGUUCGUUACUUGAUUGCGAACACACUGGUUCAAGAAGAUCUUUAGCCGAUACUAGCGUCACUUCGACGGCUGAUUUAUCUGCAUUCUCGACCAUCACAAGAUCUCAAGCGCACGACAACAGCUUGGAUACGCACAGUAACAUGUCGGAUAAUUCCGUCGGAGGUGGCAGUUCCGUCGGAUCAGGUAUUGGAUUACCGAAUACGCUUCAAAAGGUUCUCAGCGCGCACUCUACCCCCAGGGCGACUCCACACAAUCCCAGUCCGGAUGUUUUAAGAAUCUACGUACCCUAUUCAACAUCAGUGGAGACACCAAUCGCCAGCCCACAGAACGGCGAUUUAACCCGCAGUUUACCCUACGCAUUUCCAGAUAAUCGGAUACGGAUUCGAAUCGAUAACGAUGAAUUGGCCACACCUUUAGUCGAACAUGGUCAGUUCAAAACCUUUCAUCUUGAAAGUCCCGAAGUGGACCUUGAAUAAUAAUUAUUUGACGAAAAAAAUUAUAAAUAAUAAACAAAACGAAGAGUUUUUAAAGAUAUUAUAAAUAUUGUAAUGUAAUAAUGUAAAAGGGAGGGUAGUGUGUGUAAAAAAUUAUGUAGAUUAAGUAAACACUAAAAAAUUUCUUUUUCUUUGGAUGUUGUAUAUAAAGUGAGUGUUUAUAAAACAUUUUAAAUCAUCCAAAUCGAAUUGAUGAUAUUGAUUAGUUGAUACAAAUAUGAACACCAACAAAUUAGAUUCUCCAAUCUUUAUUACUUAAGUUAAUUAAAAUAAAAUUAUUUAUAACUUUAAACACUCAUUUUAUAUGCAUAUUAUAAAUACAUGUAAAACUUUUAGGUCCUAUUGUAAUAAUCAGGUAAGUGUUUCAUCGUUCUAGAUGGAAAAAAGUAACAAAGAAAACAAUAAGUCAUCUAAAAAUUAAAACUCAAAAAUAAUUUUGUUAACACAAUAACAAAAAAAUAAUAAUGAAAGCUUUUUUCGUUUUAGUCGAUGUAUAUACAACAAACUGUAUUGUAUUAUCUUUAUUUUUCGCAUUUUUUUCCUUCCUAUUAUUAUUAUUAUUAAAUUUAGGUUUCCAAAAAAAAACGUAACUACUAACAAUUUAUUCAAAGAAUUCAUAGAAUUCUUAUGGUGCAUUUCAUCAUUGCGUCAAUUGUUAAUAAAAGAAUUCAGCCUAUACAUAAUAAAAAAGGAUAAAUAAAAAAUCAGGGACGGAUGUAAAAACUAAUAAUACUAGAAACAGAAAAACUUAGUAAUUUAGUAAGUAAAACUGUAAAAAGGUAGAGAAACCGUCCCUGUGAGUCAUUGUAGAACGACGUUCUCAUUCUAAAUGUUACCAUUUUCUUGUUAAAAAAGCUCACAAAAAAAAAAUAAAGAAUAUCUAAAAAUAUUUAUACCGGGUGCUCAGUCUCAAUGAAAAAAAAAAUGCAUUAAAAAUUGAUAUUAUUACAUUUAAAGUAUCAUUUCCAUGAUGUUGUAAGAAAAUAAAAAAGAAAUUCUUGCC